AUGCAUCUCCCAAUAACCCUCACCUACCUCACCCUCCUCGCCACCGCAUCCGCCCUUCCCUCUUCCAAGCCCAAACCCAAACCCAGCGCCCAAAAACCACCCUACUUCCUCCUCGCCGGCGACUCAACAACAGCCGUACAAUCCGCAGGCGGCGGCGGCUGGGGCACCGGCUUCCUAACCACAACGCUCCAAAACGGUGCUUCAGGCACAAACUACGGCCACAACGGCGCAACAACCGUGUCUUUCCGGCAAGGCGGCGACUGGGCAACCGUACUAUCCUCCGCUCAAAACGUCUCAAGCAAAUACACGCCCUACGUUACCAUCCAAUUCGGACACAACGACCAGAAACCCGACAAGAACAUCAGCGCUGCAGAUCUCACAAACAACCUGAUCGCGUAUGUAAAAGAAGCGCGGGAUGUAGGCGCAACACCCAUCCUCGUUACAUCGCUAAGCCGGCGCAACUACGAUGCCGACGGGAAGAUCAAACUAAAUCUCGCGGAUGUGGUAGCCGCGACGAAAGAAGCGGCGAGUAAGAGCGGAGCCGAUAUCAUCGACUUGAAUGCGGCGAGCGGAUGA